AGUGUCCUGUGAGGGCUCAUUAUGAAGCGGGAUCUGGCCCUAAUUGGCCUGGCCCUCCUGUCGCUGCUUCCAUCUGGACAUCCUCAGCAGACGCCAGAGGACGCCUGCUCUGUGCAGAUUCUCGUCCCAGGCCUCAAAGGGGAUGCUGGUGAGAAGGGAGACAAAGGUGCACCUGGACGUCCCGGAAGAGUUGGCCCCACAGGAGAAAAAGGAGACGUGGGUGACAAAGGACAGAAAGGCAGUGUGGGUCGCCAUGGAAAAAUCGGUCCCAUUGGUUCUAAAGGUGAAAAAGGAGAUUCUGGUGACAUAGGUCCCCCUGGCCCAAAUGGAGAACCAGGCAUCCCGUGUGAAUGCAGCCAACUCAGGAAGGCCAUCGGGGAGAUGGACAACCAGGUCACCCAACUGACAACGGAAUUGAAGUUCAUAAAAAAUGCUGUCGCCGGAGUGCGAGAGACCGAGCAGAAGAUCUACCUGCUGGUCAAGGAGGAGAAGAGGUACGUGGACGCGCAGCUGUCGUGCCAGGGCCGCGGAGGCACCCUGGGCAUGCCCAAGGACGAGGCCGCCAACGGCCUCAUGGCCAGCUACAUCGCGCAGGCCGGCCUGGCGCGCGUCUUCAUCGGCAUCAACGACCUGGAGCGGGAGGGCACCUUCGUCUACUCGGACCGCUCGCCCAUGCAGACCUUCAACAAGUGGCGCAGCGGGGAGCCCAACAACGCCUACGACGAGGAGGACUGCGUGGAAAUGGUGGCCUCGGGGGGCUGGAACGACGUGGCGUGCCACAUUACCAUGCAUUUUAUGUGCGAGUUCGACAAGGAGCACGUGUGA